AUGACUCGAAGCCAUUCGUAUUGCUUUUCUGUUAUUAUUGCUAUCUAUUUCUCUCUCACAAUCCACACUCUUGCUUCUCCUCCACUUCACUUUUGCCUCGAAGACCAGAGAGAGGCUCUUUUGGAGUUCAAAGACGAGUUUCCGAUUGAUGAGUUAGACCCAAGUCCGUGGAACAAGAACAGUACUGAUUUCUGUUUUUGGAAGGGAGUCACGUGCGAUGAUAAAUCUGGCCAGGUGAUAUCACUCAACCUCUUUGAAACCUUUCUCAACGGCUCUUUGAAAGCUAACAGUAGCCUUUUCAAACUCCAAUAUCUUCGUCACCUAAACCUUAGUUAUUGCUACCUCCAAGGAGAGAUUCCUUCUUCACUAGGAAGCCUUUCUCGUCUCACAGUUGUUGACCUUUCUCAUAAUGAUCUGGUAGGUGAGAUUCCAGCUUCAAUAAGCAAUCUAAAGCGUCUUAGACACGUUAACCUUGGAGCUAACACUCUCAUAGGACAAAUUCCAAGUUCAAUAGGCAAUCUAAACCAGCUCAGAUACCUUAGCCUUGCGGCUAACGAGCUCACAGGAGUGAUUCCUUCUUCGCUAGGAAACCUUUCUGGCCUCUUAGAUCUUAGACUUUCGAUUAAUCAUUUGCCAAUUUAA